AUGGCCGCCCCGGUCUCAGGCGAGGAGCUGCGCUCCCUGACGCAGCUCAUGGGCCACCGCACCCACCUCGAGCGGCAGCGCGCCCAGGAGACCAUGACCGACCGCCUCAAGGACGACAAGCCCGUCGAGGACGGCGCCUUGGACGCCGCGGCCGGUGCCCUGAGGCCCAUGCUUCACUCGGAGCGCUGGGAGGACCGCCUCGGCGGGUUCAUGGCCGCGGCGAUCAUCGUGCCGCGCUACGACGCUGCUGGGUUCCGCGAGGAGAUGAUGGACGAGUGCAUGCGGCUCCUCGAGGACGAGGAGUGGCGCGUGAGACUGGAGGUGGCAAAGUGUUUGCGAGUGCUAGCAGCGACGUGCGGACCGGCGACCGUCGACCGCGUUCAGGACACGAUCCUGAAGAGCAUCGAGACCAACUUCGACCGCGACGAGGACGGAGCCGGUGAACCAGGCGAGGAGGAGGACACGGACAAUUUCGUGGACGCGUUGUUGCAAGCGACGUACGAGCCGCAGCGGCCGGGCGCCGGGGAGAUGCGGCACGGCACCGAGGGCUGGAAGUGCCUCGAGACGUCCUGCCGCGCCCUCCAGGGCCUCAUGGAGGGGUGUGGCAAUCAAUACCACCCCUACCUGACUCAGUACAUGCGCAACCUCGUGUACCGGACCCUGCACCACCCAAACCGCUUCGUGCGCGAAACCGGCCACUUCGCCGUCAAGGCCAUGUCCGAGACGCUCACGGGCGACGAGCUGCGGCCGCUCGCGAAGGAGUUCGCGCUCCGCAUCGGCGACGGUCUCAGCGACAACUGGUCGCAGGUCCGGUUCGCGGCGUCCGUCGGGUGCCGGUCGUUCAUGCUGGCGUGCCCGGACGACCUCCGGCAGGAGCUGUUCCCGCUCCUGCUGCCCCACAUGUGCCUCAACCGAUACUACGUGGCGGAGGGGGUGCGGCUGUACUCGCAAGAGACGUGGCGGCUGGUGAUGGGGGAGCGGGGGCGCGAGGAGGUCGCCCGGUGCAUCGCGGAGGUCGUGGCGUAUUACGUCGCGCAGAGCAAGGCCAACAACCACGCCGUGCGGGAGGCGGCCUGCGCAUGCAUGGCCGAGCUGAUGUCGAAGAUUGAUAAGGGCGCCACGGGGCCGCACGCCGCGACCAUGCUGAGGACGCUCGUGAACUGCUUCAAGGACGCGUCCUGGCCCGUCCGCGACGCAGCGUGCAACGCGUGCGGCCUCUGCGUCCUCGCGUGCCCGGAGGAGUCCCGCGAGGUCCUGGACGAGUUGUACGACCUCUGGUUCGCGCACCUGUGGGACAACAUUCCAACUGUUCGCGAGGACAGCGCCGUGGCGCUGGGACGCUGCCUGCGCGCGUACGGCGACGAGGCGCGCGAGCGCAUCGUCCCGCGGCUCGCGGAGAUGCUUCCGUCGGCGUUCCAGCAGCCGCAUGACUCAGCCAAGUAUGGGGGUCUCUCGAACGUGACUCAGUUCGGGGUGGCGCAGGAGGCGCGGCGGGCGCGCGCGAACGACAAGGACCUGCACACGGACCAGCAGAUGUUCUCGUGCGGGUCGCUGGCGCCCAAGCUGCAGCGCGGCGGCGGGUGCAUGGACCAUGGCUUCGCCCGCGACAAGGAGCCGUGGGAGGCGACGGACGGGAGCAUCUAUCUCCUGCGGGAGCUCGCGGCGGCGUACCCCGACGCAGCCAACGAGUUCCUCCCCACGGUCGCGGACCUCGCCGCGCUCGAUUCAUUCGUGCACUGCUUCAAUCUGUGGGACACGAUCUGGAAGCAGAUUCCCGCCAUCGCAGACCACCUCGGCAAGCGCCGCUUCAAGCCGCACGUCGCCGCGCUGGUCGGCCCGGCCUUCCGCGCGCUGAGCUGCGGGCGGCCGCUCACGGAGGCGCACGCGGCGCAGGCGAUCGGCCACAUGCGCGACAUGCUAGGCCCCAACAUUUUUGCGGGGCGACUGAACGACGAGCAGCUGCGGCAGAUGCAGGCGAGCGCGCUGAUCCCUGCGGCGAAGCUCGCUGUGCCGGUCGUGGUGAGGCCGGGCGCGGAGCCGGGGCGGCUGCCGCAGGCGCUGCCGGGCGUAGGAAGUGUUGGGCAUGAGGGCAACGGGGGGGCGAUGAUAGCGACGGCGGCGCCGUGGGCGCGGUAG